GCAAGAGAGAAAGAGUACUGUUAGUGUGCAAGUAUUCUGUGUGAAGUGCCUAUGAGGUGCGAGGUCAGUAGAGUUCUGACAUAACGAAUUAUCUGAGCAGACAUUUCUUUCGGUAAGUGUAACGGUAGUAAAAAGUUUCUUUCCUUCUAAAAAGGCGGUUAGCAUUUUUCAUUUUUAAUUUUUGCCCAUCUAAAUAUUAGAUACAAUGGAUAUGGAAUUCAGUGAUUCGUCUGAUGAAUCCGUAUCUGGAAUCAUGCGAAAGAGACGAAGAAAUAGAAUACUUUCAUCAUCACCAUCGGACAUGGCAACUGAUAGAAAUACCACGGAGGAAGAAGUUUGGGAGUCUGAUGUGGAGGAACAAGAUGAUGAUGCAGAAUGGCGAGAAAUAGCAGAAAAAUCUGCAUCAGAGGAAGAGUAUUCGGAAGAAGAAGAGCUACUGAUCAAAGAGACGAACUGCGAUGAUCCUGUUGCAUUAUAUAAAUUGUUCUUCACGAACGAGAUAUUGGACAUCAUCGUUGAAGAGACGAACAGAUACGCUGUACAGUGCAUAGUGAAUGCGGCAUAUGGCAGGAGAUAACAUCAACAAGCAUGGAACCCCGUUACAAAAAGUGAAUUGAAUACCUUUAUUGGUAUUUUGCUUAUUAUGGGUGUAGUGCAGGUACCUGAAAUUCGAUUAUAUUGGUCCGAAAAGGCGAUGUAUGCGAAUGCGCGU